GUUGGUUGUCUCGUCAAUACGGCCAACAAGCCUGCCAUUUGUUUUCAGGAAUCAAAACUAGUCAACUAGGUUCACUGCCGUUCCUCACUCAAACCAGGCCUGCCCUGCCCUUUGAAUCUCAACACCCGUCAUGGGCGCCGCCGGCACGCAGGAAAACUCGGCCACCGGCGAUCUUCGGAUCGAGCGUGGGCCUGACCCGAACGCCAACCUUCAGGAUGCGGCCGUCGAUGACAAGGUCCUCAACCUGGGUGCUCAGGAGGGUAACGAGGCCGAACACAGCUUUGGCUUCAUUCAGGGUUUCAAGACGUACAAGCGCGCCGCUUUUUGGUCCAUUGCCAUCUCGACGACGAUUGUCAUGGAAGGCUAUGACGUGACGCUCCUUGAUUCCUUCAUCGGGUACCCCCAGUUCCGGCUCAGGUACGGCGAGUACCUGAACGAGGAGAGCGGUUACCAGAUCUCGGCCGACUGGCAGACGCAGUUUAGGGUCCUCGCCGCGGUGGCGAACAUUAUUGGUGCUCUGCUGAACGGAUGGGGCACCGCCAGGUGGGGUCACAGGAAGGUGCUCAUCGUCUCCCUCUUCUGGCUCAGCGCUUUCAUCUUUGUCGUCUUCUUCGCACAGAACAUCGAGACCCAGCUCGCCGGGCAGACGUUGUGCAAUGUCCCCUGGGGCGUCUUUGCCACGACCGGACCCUCCUACGCCGCCGAGGUGACUCCUCUAGCCAUUCGCCCUUAUCUGACUGCUUAUGUGAACCUCUGCUGGGCUACCGGCCAACUGAUCUCGGCCGGUGUUCUGGCCGGCCUGGUCGACAUGCCCAACGAAUGGUCCUACCGCAUCCCCUUCGCCCUGCAGUGGGUCUGGCCCAUCCCGCUGGCCAUCCUCGCCUACUUCGCCCCCGAGUCGCCCUGGUUCCUCGUCCGGACGAACCAACUCGACAAGGCGAAGAAGUCGCUGGAACGCCUCUCGGAGCCCUCGCACAACGUCAACCUCGACGCCACGCUGGCCAUGAUGGUACACACGGACAAGGUCGAGAAGGAGGAGCGCGCCAGCGUGUCGUACUGGGAAUGCUUCCGCGGCACGAACCUCCGCCGCACCGAAAUCGCCUGCAUGGCCUUCAUGUCGCAGAUCACAAACGGCGGCGCCCUCUGCUACGGCGGUACCUUCUUCUUCCAGCAGACCGGCAUCCCCGACAACACGGCCUACUACAUCGGCCUCGGCGGCACGGGCAUCGCCUUCAUCGGCACGUGCAUCUCGUGGCUCUACAUCCACCGCUUCGGCCGACGCAUCAUCUGGCUCACGGGCUUCGCCAGCCUGACGGCCAUUCUUUGGACGAUUGGUGUCCUCGCCUCCGUGCCGCAGAACCAAGGCCUGGCGUGGGGCCAGUCGCUGCUCUGCGUCGUCUGGCUGGGCGCCUACUCCAUGAGCGUCGGGCCCAUUGUCUACACUAUCGUGGCUGAGAUUGGUUCGACCCGUCUACGCACCCACACGGUCGUACUGGCGCGCAGCUUCUACUACGUCGGUAACAUUAUCUGUGGGGGCACGUUGCAGCCCCGCAUGCUCUCCCCCGGUGCUUGGAACUGGCGUGGCCGGACUGCCUUCUUCUGGGCCGUUCUCGCCACGUUCACCUUCGUUUGGGGGUAUUUCCGCAUGUUCGAGACCAAGGACCGUACUUUCGGCGAUAUGGACUAUAUGUUCCAAAAGAAGGUGCCAGCGCGCAAGUCGCGCACGUAUGUCAUCGACGAGGCGGACCAGUUCUUCCACGGCACCGACAACUCGACGACCCAGAUCAACGAGAAGCAGCAGCAAUGAGUGGGAACUGGGAUAUUUGGUGCAUAGUGUUGGGGUUCGUUUCGAAAUGCGUAUUCGUUGGUCUCACGGCGAAUAUGUGUAAUCUGGCUUGUCUCUUCGCAGGAUGAGGAACCAGCGAGCGUCACCGUAAAAAAAAAUACAGAAAUAUACCCCCGUGUGGAAUGGGAAUACAGGAAUACCUUAGGCAUCUUAUUCAUAAGGUACGCAGGAAGCUCAGAGCGGCCUCCGAGGUUCCGAGUAUCCUGUUUAUGUAAUCAUUAAUCGCGCAUACAUCCAAUCAAAGGCAAAAACAGCACGUGUGUCCGGAGCUCU